AUGGAUCUGGGAGCCUCGGGGAAUGACUCGGUCGUGACUGAGUUUGUUCUGCUGGGCAUAACGGAUGCUCCAGCUCUACAGCCCAUCCUCUUUGUCGUCUUCCUUCUUGCUUAUGUAGCUACCAUUGGUGGCAAUUUCAGCAUCCUGGCUGCCAUAUUUAUUGAACCCAAACUCCACACCCCCAUGUACUUCUUCUUGGGAAACCUGUCCCUGCUGGAAGUCGGGUGCAUCAGCGUCACUGUCCCUGCCAUGUUGAGGCAUUUUAUAUCCCAGGACAGAAGCAUUCCCUAUAGGGCCUGCCUGUCCCAGCUCUUCUUCUUCCACCUCCUGGCCAGGGCAGACUGCUUCUUGCUGACUGUCAUGGCCUACGACCGCUACUUAGCUAUCUGUCAGCCCCUCACCUACAGCACCCGCAUGGGCUGGGGAAUCCAGCAAGCCCUGAUGGCCAUGUCAUGCGCCUUUUCCUUCACCAAUGCUCUGACCCAAACUGUUGCCUUGUCUACUCUUCAAUUCUGUGGCCCCAAUGUGAUCACUCACUUCUACAUCUGCCAGCCCCUUGCAAACCUUUGGCAAAUUAGAUCAAGAGAGAAAGUGCACAAACACAGGGCACCUGAGAAAGGCAGGGGGCUGAAUUUCAACCUGAAUUUUAGUUACAAAGCAAGAGACUGUGUAGUGUCUGACUCACUGUUAACAAAAAUGUGCUUCAUAGAUGCUUCCAAACAUGGGGACUUCUGA